UUUCUUAGUGCUUUCUUUCGAUAAAGUUUGAACCACUUAAAAAAGUCAAAAAGAAAAAAAAAGAUCACUAGUUUUCGAGAAUAGAAGGGCGUUUUGUUGAAGCAGGGUAAGAAGAUCAAGAAACUGCCACAACCUCUUAGAUUCUAUCUUUCAUCAGAGGAAAAUGCUGGCAGUUUUCGAAAAAUCGGUGGCGAAAAGCCCUGAUGCCCUGCUGCAGAACACACAAAACGAAUCUAUUUGCGCCCUCAAAGAUGGAUCAUUGGCCAACCAUUUCUCGUCCGUACAUCCGACCGCCGUCCUCAUCAACCUCGGAUAUUCUGGUUUCAUGGCCUACUCAUCAGACAAACAGAACCCUCUUCUUCCUAGAUUGUUUGCGGUUGUAGACGACAUAUUCUGCUUGUUUGAAGGCCACAUUGAGAAUGUUGCACAUCUAAAGCAGCAAUAUGGAUUGAACAAGACGGCAAACGAGGUUAUUAUUGUCAUUGAGGCUUACCGAACAUUGAGGGAUAGAGGUCCUUAUCCUGCAGAUCAAGUCGUGAGAGAUAUUCAAGGGAAGUUUUCCUUCGUUCUCUUUGACGGUGCUUCCAAAGCCACAUUCAUUGCCUCUGAUGUUGAUGGAAGUGUACCCUUAUUCUGGGGAACUGAUGCUGAAGGCCACCUUGUUCUGUCUAGUGAUGGAGCCUUAGUGAAGCAAGGUUGUGGAAAAUCGAUUGCUCCCUUUCCCAAAGGAUGCUUCUUCACAUCCUCGGGAGGCCUGAGGAGUUACGAGCAUCCAGUGAACGAGCUGAAAGCUGUGCCGAGGGUUGACAGCUCGGGCGAAGUCUGUGGCCUAACCUUCAAGGUCGAUGCUGACUCACGCAAGGACAAAACCAGCAUGCCAAGGGUUGGAAGUGAUGCCAAUUGGUCCCAACACUACUGAAAGUCUGAAGAAACACCACUUACUCUUAAUCACUCUCUCUUACUUAUCAAGAAGCUUGUGUCACUUAUCUGGCCUUUGAAGGAGUAAUUCGAAAUGAACGAAUCGUUUUUGUCUACCGUGUGACAAGCCAUUUUAUAUGAUCAUGAAAACAUAAUUAAAAUAAUCACACUUGUGUUUCUGUACUGGUUGUGCGUGUAUGGUGGGCUUUGUCUACUGCGUUUUUCACUUAAUUAUGUUUCGUUAUUGUUUCGAUAAACCUCCCAAGUCGAGUCGAUUUGUACGGAUGCUACCAUGAAAUAUGAGAUAUAUUUGCAUGGAACCUUUAUGUAGUUUGUUGUUUGGUUUUCAAAUGCAUGGAGUUGCUAAUAAGUUUAGGUCAUGCUUGUUUUUGUAGACAAGCCAAGAUUAUGCUCAUAAUCUUGGCUGAGUCUUGUGUUUGUUUCCCUGGACAAGGGCCGCAAGAUAUCUCAUGCUCAGAGAUUGUAUUGUAAUUUAUCUACUUUUCAUCAUUAUUUUUUUUUUAACGGAA